AUUUUUUUCCAUCUUUACAAAAUUUACAAUGUGAUGCAGAGCAGGUUAGCAAGAAAACCAAUCUACCAUCUGAUCUGAGAGCGAUCGCUGCCAAGAAAGGAUUCUUUGUUUCUGAUAACCAAGCAUCCGGGAACUGUUUAUUCCAUUCAUUAUCAGAACAAUUACAAAGUGUCAAAGGAAUUCAAAUCUCACACAAAAGAGUUAAGAAAAACCUUGGUUCAGUUCCUUGAUGAGAACCCUAAUCUGGUAAGUUGAUGACUAGCCUAGCAUGGACCUUCUGUGUCUGUUUGGUGGAUUCCUCCCUUAUGAUAAGGAACUAAACAUAUGCUGUGCGCUCGAGAACUAGUGAGUCGGCUCCUGCUUUAUCUUUUACUUAUACUCUUAUGUCACAAAGCUUGUCCUAUUCUCAAUUACUUCAUAUCACUGCUAAUUACUGCCCUACACCUGUUCCUUAAAUUGUAUCACGCCAAUAAUUGAUUCCUUAACUCAGUUCGACGUUUUCUUUGCUAUACUAAAUUGGAUAAAGCUGGGAUUGAACAUACAUACCUGCCAACUCUCCCGGUUUUUUCCGGGAGUCUCAAGUUUUCAUCAAAUCUCCCGGUCUCCCGGUUAGAGCACCAAAUCUCCCGGAUAAAAUGGACUUUUAAGCACUUCUGUGCUAUAGUUUGAAAAUUUAGUCCAAUUUUCACAAAAAUUCGAACUUUUGUAUUCAUUGUACAGUUUCUGGGACAUUUUGCACAUGUUUAGUCAAUGACAAAGAUUGGUUCGUCAUUACAACGAUGAAAGUGCAUUUAGAUUCCAUGUACUUCAUGUAAGACGUCAUAUAAUGUCAUAAGGCAAUUUGUUGGUGCGGGGGGUGGGGUGUUGGUGCUGUUGACAUUCGGGGUUGAGGGGGUUGUGGUGCAAAAUGGAGAAUCUCCAGAUUUUAGAUCUCUGAAGGUUGGCAGGUAUGGAACGUAACAAAAAAGAACUUUAGUAUUAUGGGAUUAAGACUAGGCUCUCUCAUCUUCUUUGAAACCACCCACCUCUUUUGUAUUUAGUCUGAAAUACUUAAUGAGCUUUGACUGCAAAACUUGGAGGGUAAUAACAACCAAAAACAACCAUUUUAGGGCACUUGUCUUGGUGACAUCGCACAAAUAGCGGUACGUCAUGACCGUAAAUGCCUUCUGUCGCCAAGGUUAAAGGUGACUAAGGUGAAUUUUUAAAUCCCUGUUAACAGUAUCAUUUCCGUCUGAAAACUACUUUCAGAAUUUUGGAGAGAAUCAAAAUAAUAAAAAAUAUUCAUUAACAGGGCUGCCUCAAGGGGGGCCCAGUUUAUAAAAUACCUUCUAUUUUCUCCCCCAGGGUAUUAUCUGGGAAGUCAUAGUGAGGGUGUGCUGUCCGGCUCUCCAAAUCUUGACACUAUUUCAGAGCAAUAGCUAUAAGGUUAAUGUAAGGAGUACUCCCCAGGGUUUCCCUACGUCAAAAAUGAGGACUAUCAAUUAUUGACUUAGUAACAGCAAAACAUGUUAAGUGAAGGCAGCCACAUCCUCGGAGACGCAGGGGCAGCUAGUUGGAGUGAUAGAAUGUUUGUGGUGAAAGUUUACUGUAAGAUUGAUAUGAGCCCUGGGCACUUACUCUUACCAAACCAAUUCCAGAAGCUAUUGAAUUGCCUGCUUCUGACUGGCCAGAAAAAAUUUCUGGCCAAUCAGCGAAGAGGAACAGCCGGGUGACUCUGGUGUUUUCUUACAUGAUGUAGGUUUCCUCCUCGAUUGCCAUUGUUGAGUAGCCCAUUUAACUGGGAAAGUUUCUUGAGAGAAGUUUCAGAAAAAGCGUUAACAAAGGGGAAAGUUUCACAAGCAUGAAGAUCUGUAAUGUAAUCUAGACAAUGUGGGCAAAGGUGUGGAAAGUGAAAGUCGUGCAUUGCGUAUCAGCAAUAAAAAUUUACGAUACCUUUGAUAGAUCCAUUGUGAAAACUAAUCGGAGAUUGUUUGUUGCUUUUAGCCAUACUAAAGCAUGCAAUUUUUUCCUAGCCUGCAUAGCAAGCGUUUCCAAUCGAGUUAUUGCGCAAAAGUUAGAGCACGAGCCCAACUCGACAAAUGCGCAUGGAAACGCUUGCUACACAGGCUAAAUUUUUUCCGGCUUUAUUAACAUUUUUUUCGAAACUGUCCUCAAUAAACUUUCCCUGUUGAACACUGUACACAAUUAUAUGGCGAUCAAUAAGUGUCAUGUGCAGCCUUUAAAUACACUUUCUAGCAUAGCUUUCUACCAUGUCUAUGUCGCUUACUCAGAAAAAAUUGAAAUUCACUUGUGUGAUUGUUUUUGUUUUUUAGCACGAAGGAACAUCUCUGUUUAACUUUGUCUCCGGAUACCCAUCUUGGCGUGAAUACUUACAAAGCAUGGCGGAAGACGGUACUUGGGGCAAUCAUGUGGUUUUGUUUGCUGCAGCGAAUCACUUUCAAACUACCAUCCGUAUUAUCAGCAGUCUCGACCAUGAGAUAGUUGUCCUGCCAGAUCAUGCGCACCAACACCACCCCCUUGUGUUGGGACACAUUCAUGAGUUACACUAUGUCAGCCUUCAGCCCAGACAAGGUAAAACAUUCUUUCCAAUCACAAACAUCCUGGCUUUGUUUUUUGGACUUGUGGAAAUUAUGUAUGAAGAAUUUAUAUACACAUAGCUAUUUUUGAGAAAGGUUGUCAGAAAAAAUGUGCAUGCGACAAUCCCAAAAGGUAAUAUGGGAUAUGAUCAAUAUAUACAUGGUUCCGGACACUGUAUUUGACGAACCCUCUUUAGUUGAUUUCCUUUACCACUUGCAAUCAUAUUUCCUGUCAUUUUUUUCAAAUUUCUUUGAAAAACAGUGAACUCAAAACCACCCACAAUACCUUUUGGGCUUCUUGCGUGUUUAUCAGUAGCAGAGGACAUAGCAAGAUGAUGUUAAUACUGUAAAUGUCUUUAUGAGAAUGAACUUUUUUUUUUUGUUCUGAACAAUAAGUUGUCCCUGCUUAAUCUGAAUACUAGUUGUACAAGAUGUCAUUCCAUCGGAUGUUGUAACCUUGUACUAAAGUGAGCAAGCUCAUAAACCUUCUCAUUUGUGUCCUUAUCCUUGAUUUCAUAAUUAAAAAGGUUUCUAUAAGAGAAAGAAUUAGAUAGUGUUAAGUUCAAGGUGUGUAAGGGAAGCAACAAACAGCAUAUCUCAUUAUACUUUUAAAUAAUUGUGACUGAAAUGAAGGAGUUAAAGGACAGAACUUGUCUAAAUCUUUUUUUAGGACUGCAAAGAUUACUCAUCACUGUUUAAACUGUCAGUUUUCCUUGUUACGAUCCUUUCAUUUGUUAUCCCUGCUUUUUUUCCAAGUCAUUAUAUAUGUCCGUGAUUAUUGUAGGAGUUUUAGUUGUGUUUGUUUACAUGCUUCAGUUUAAAUCAGAAAGCGCUACGUCGUCACUAGUCUUAUCUUGGACAUGCCAUGUGAGACACUCCUUAAAGUGUUCAUUGCCAUAAUUCCUGAGCAGAGAGGUACCCAGAAUUUACCUCUACUGUAAUUAAAAAUUGCAGAGAUAUAAGAGAACUCUUGCACUAACCUGAUUCCUUUUUCGGUCUGAGGUCACUCGCUCAAACUCCAUCAGCUUGUUCAAAAAUGUUAUGUUCUCGACUAUUGUACAAUGAAUUAAAUCAUUAGUGUUGUUAUUUCUGAAUAAUUUCUAUAACUGAUCAUUGUGAAGAAUGACAGUUUUUUAUUGUAUAAAUAAAUAGAGUGGUGAAAAAUGUGCAAUUUUGACCCUUGAAAUCUAGCGUGUGCUGCAGAGGAAACUAAACUCUAGUAAAGUCGGUCUGCGAAACAGUGCUGAAAUCCUUGUUAUAUUGGUGCUGCUACACAGCGACGCAAGUAGGAAGUCAAGUUAGAAUUUUAAUAUAUCGAACGUGGGCUGUUCGCAAAUCUGAGCUAUCUGUGAAAUGUCCAUCUGUUACAUAACAUCCAAUAUAAAAUUUGAAGUUCCUUUAGGGAAAAUCACACAUGUAAUUUAAUGUAUGCCUCAUUGGUUUAGGGCUUGAAAUAUGAGCUGCAAGUUUAUCAUUUUAAUUCUUAUGUUUUGAUUACAGUAAACACCCACAUAUAAGAACACACGAUUUCGGAGGUUAGGCUGAUUGAGUUCUUAUUUAUCGGGUGCUUAAUGACAAAUCAGCCUUAAAAUGUUGUUAAAAUGUUCUUAAAUUUUUAUUUAGUAAUACUAUCCAAAACAUGGUGCUAGAGGUAUAUUUAGCAUAUUUUAGUGAAACAAAAUAAAUAAUAAUAUUCUGUAAUUUGGUUAUAUUAACAAAUGAAGUUAUCUGACAGAAAACAUAAACUUACAUGUUUUGUAAUUAUGACACUUGUUCUUAUAAAAAUGGGGCUUUACUGGCCAAAUUUCAGCCUGCUGUUCUUAAUACAUUUGUUCUUAUAUGCGGGUGUUUACUGUACUUUGACCCAAAAAUAAAAGGUCACACAUUUGGCUGAACCCAUCCCUCCUUGCAAAGUUGGGAAGAACUGACUGUUUUUUUUAAGCAAGUGAGUGAUUAGUCUUUUACAAAAAACUUUUGCAUGUGGACCAACCCUAAGAGAACGUUUUGUUAGGGGCUAUUUACGUGGAUCGAGGCAAAAAGAUUUUAGAACUCGAGAAUCUUAGAAGGGGAACAACUUGUCAUUUGUUGAAUACGUGCAAGGUUGUGGUCAGGUUAACUUUUAACUGCCUUUCAACAGAGGCUCUUUUGGCUAAAUCUGGCAGUUUGUUUUACUCAUUUUUACUGUGAGGCUGGAAAACAUGAAGCCCAUCUUCCUCAAUGUCUAGUUAUCUUUCACUACAUUCAGAAGAAUUGGUGCUGUUGUAUUAGUACAUGCUGCUUUCCUCUGUACGUGUAUCUCUAAAGUGGACCACUUAUAUUUCUUAACAAAACCUGUCCCAAUAUUAUACCCUCAAUCAGAAACUACCAAAAUAAUCCUUCAAUGAUGACAGACAAAACUGUCCUGCACUUUCAGUUAGCACAGAAAUAUUCAAACAUUCAAAUACUCAUGCCACAAAUUGCAUCUCUGAUGAUUCAAAAAGGCACAGGUUUUGCCAACUUGUACAAUGAAGGCCACGUUUUAGCUGGAACUUUGGGAUUUUAACAUUUAAAAUUUUAUGUACUGUUGAAAGGAGUGUAUUACAUGACUGUGAGUUUUUUUGAAUGGCUUCAAAACCUCUGAUAUAUGUCAAUUCGUUCUUGCACUAAUGUUUGGAUUUGGGAUUAUUUUGGUCUUAAAAAUUGGAAGUAAAGUUUAGCUGUGUCUUUAUCAGAUAUAAAGACACUCAUUAAACAAUCAAUUUCUGUUGUUUUUAUUUAUGAAUUAGUAAUUCGUUUUUUGAAAUGAAUUUAUCAGUCAGUAGGUGCACGGACACAGCAAAGGAAGAAAUUCAAUUAUUACUAACAGUACAAUUAAUCUUAUUGGGUAUUGCUGUGAUAUAUAGUACUGUUUUAAUAAAAAGCAAUAUAAUAUUCCUGGUGCUAUAAAGAUAUUGUGCUUAUUUCCAGUGCUAAAUUUUACAAUGUUUAGUAUGAAGAGAGCCAAUCUUACACCAAGAAGCCAUAUUUAAGUCUCAUUUAAUCCUAGUGGCAAAAGGGUGCAAGAUACAGGUUCUGACACUUUCUUCUGUGUCUUUGCAACCUGCCAUUAGUACCUCGUAUUGUUAAUAUUAUACCGUGUAUUAUUUUACUGAUUUCCAUUUUUAUUAUCAUUAAUUUUGAUUAUUUCUUUUUAAUUCACUGAUUAGGAUCUAAGAUAAUAAGAACCUCAGAACAUUCAGCAAGCAGAUCAGAGGACAGUGAUGGCAUAACACCCCAGCUUACCACUGAUUUUCCAGAGGAUUCAACUAGAAGGUCAGACGGAGGUGAUGGUUCUGCACCACAGCUUACCAGCCAUCUCCCUCCUCGUGUAAACAAGACUGCAAGCAACACAAUGAAGCCAAUUAGAGGCCCUCCUGAGCUUAAUAAAGUUCUUCAAUCCAUGGCUGACAUUAAAACAAUAACCAAACCUUCAAAAGAUGCUGAUCACCCUGUUGAUGUUAUUCAGGUCAUGCAAGCAGCAAAGAGGAAGAGAGGUGUGGCUGAAGACUCCGAUGACGAAGGUAAUUUUUGUUGUUAGAACAUAGGUUCAGUUAUAGUUAAGAGUGGAAAUGUGAUCUCUGGGGCUAAAAAAAAAGGCCAACUUUAAGGGUACCUUCUUUUUCUGGGGUUGUGGGGUGGGGGGGGAUUGUGUUACAGCUAGGAAGACCCUGGGAGGGGGGGACAACCUUUGUUUGGUUAAUACAUGCAAGGCUGGGGGGUGGUUUACUUGUAACUGCCUUUUAACAUGGGCUCUUUUUAGCUGAACCACUAGCACAACACAUUCUUAUUAUAAUAUUAUUAUUAUUAACUCAUCUUUAAUUAUUCUUUUCCUCCACUGAUCAGAAUCCAAGAUAUUCAGAACUUCGGAGGAUACAACUCGCAGAUCAGAGGGCAGUGAUGGUAACACUCCCCAUGUUACCACUGGUCUCACGUCUAGUUCAAAGAAUCCUGCAAGCAAAACAAAGAACCAAAGAACCACAUUGAAAAAAAAGAGAGAAAGAAAGAAAAGGACUCCAAAAGAGUGUAUUAGGGACCCUCCAGAGCUUAGCAGAACCAGACCUUCAAAACAUGCUGAUCUUCCUGUUGAUCUUUUGUUACUGACAGUGAAGAAUGGUAAGUUAUGAGCUUGUUACAGUGAGCUAAAAAACCCCUAUAUAUGUAAUUUGAUGAUCUUGGUUAUGUGUACUUUUCUGAUACGAGUGAAAGUCAAGAGAAAGUUAAAGUUGCAUUGUUGAGAUGUUACAAAAGUGGUCCUGGUGGUUCUCUUGUCUCUGUAAAGAAUGCUUCCACUGUGCUAAGACCUAAAGCAGUUAUAUCUGUUGGUGCAUGUAGUGGUCUUCAUCCUGAGAAAGUUUAGAUUGAAGUGGUGCAACUCACACGAGUGAUAGGAGUUGUCAAACAAUGUCUACCAUAAAUUUUUUGUGUGAUUGGUUGACAUAGUGAAUGUGUUCCCUUCGUAUUCAACAAACCGCAUGGUACGCGCCCACAACCCAUGUUUCUUGUAAGCUUUGUCGGUAAUCGGUAUAUCUUGAUUAAGUAUUUACCAAAUCAGUGAAUAGCAAUUUUUGCGCGUUUUGAUUGCCCCUAGCCUGCGAACAGCAGAUGUAUUUCCGGUCGUCGAAAAUACAUCUGCUGUUCGCAGGCUAGAUUGGCCCCCGUAACUCGGAAUAUCCUUGGCUAUUCACUGUUUUGCGACCGGAGCCAAGAUGACGUCUCGUUUCAAGACAUUUUCGGAAGACGAAAUCUGAGCUAUAAAUAAAGCAGUCGUACAAACAAAUACUAAGUAAGCGACGAACUUUGGCUUGUCGGUGUUUACUGGUAGGUAGGAAAAUUAUUUUCUUGCUGAAUUUACAGCAAAAUCGUAAGAAUGCACUUGACAAAAUCCUCGAAAUGUUUGUAAAUUGUAAACAAAGUUCGUACUAAGUGGCGUUUUUGAUUUACAAAGUUACUUUUUUCAUUUUAUUCAACUGAUUUGGUAAAUACUAAAACAACCACCCCUCAGGGACGGUGAACAGCAUUAGAUAUAUACCUCGACGCAUUAGUAAAAUCCAACUACAGUAAAAACCCGCAACUAAGAACCUACAUUUUUAGGAGUUAGCCUAAACAGGUUCUUAUAUAAAUGGUAGUUAACAGAAUUUUAGGCUAUUUAGGUUCUUAAAAUGGGUUCUUAAUCCUGGAGAAAAAACAAUUAAAACACAGCUGCAAACAAGUUGGUCAUUAGCCUAUACUUUUAUUUUCUUCAGCCCCAUCCCACCCAUAAUGGUGUGCUGAUCUACAUAUUGCUUAGUAUGCUUUGUAAGUCUACAUAUCUUGCACUCAUUUUUCUUUAAAAAACAUUUUUACAACAAUGGCAAUCUGCUUUUUUUGCUUCAAAUACGAUUCUUGCAAUGCAGCUGUAAUGUACUAGUAUGAUUUUAGAAAAUAAGGACCUGUUUUAAAUUUCUUAAGCUAAAUAGGUUCUUGUUUAUAGGGGGUAUAAAUGACCAAUUUUAGGCUAACAGGUUCUUAAUUUUUAGGUUCUUAGUUGCGGGUUUUUACUGUAGUGGUCUGUUAUCAAUGCUGCGUUCUGAUUGGUUGUGCUACUACUAGGCCAUAUGUUGUAGCCCACUAGAAGCGAAAAGCGCCGGCUUUGAAAACCAAAACAGUGGCGGCUGAUCCGCGUUUUGCUAGCUAAAGUCGUUUUGUCUCGAUAUUUUUGACCAACUUCUUGGAUUUUACUAAGACAAUUAUUCCUCGAGCUCUCAUGGCCUUUGAGUCAGUAGCCCAUUCGGCCAUCACUGAUUCUCUUUUUAAUAUUCUGUGUAAGAUUUUUAUCAUGAUACUAUAUUUUAUCUUUUCCUGUGAUAGUAUAAUCGUAAUGUUAUCAGAAUGUUUAAUGAAGGAUUCUUUCUUUUCUCCGAUGUGAACGAUUUUGAUGUCAUCAUGAUAUAUCAAUCAGUCAUUUUGUCUAUUUUUCUUUGUUAUUAUACAUUGUAAUCACUGUUUGUCUUCUCAUUGGCUAAGAGCUUACAGCUAAUUUUGGAAAUCAGCGCAACCUACAGAUUUAUAUAGUCAACUCUCGCCUUGCGGACACCCCGCUAUUGCGGACGCUCGCUAUUACGGACAAAAUCUAGAUCCCCAGCAGAAGCUUUAGUGGUUUGACUGAAAAUGACCCCCCGCUACUGCGGACUCUCUCUAUUACGGAAUUACGGACACUUUCUUGGUACCAAAGUGACAAUUUUAUUGUUUUGACCCUCGAUAAAGCGGACACUCUGUACUUCUCAUGUAACAUUAUUAUGUAAAAUUACAGUCUACUGUUCUCCUUUUGCCAAAAUACAUUUCAAAAGAUUUCCGGAAUGUUUAUUUUCACAUCGAUUCCUUAAAUUGUCUGCACAAUCGUCCUCACUUCUUCACUUAAGCUUGCGCAUUUUUCUUCCCGGCUCUUAGGAGAGCUCAAGCCCUCGUGUUCCAUUCUCAACGGCUGCUGAACAGUUUCGGUACUGUUGAUAAGUUUGUCCGAUCCUGGAAGAUAUUUGGGAUCGUCCUGCAUAUAGCAUAAGUAGCACAUUUAACACACAUGUAAGAUUUAAGAAAACCUUACGAACCUAGUUAAUGUUAUUUAUAGUAUUAUUAUAUGUUAAAAGCACUUUUUUAUUCGCACCCCGUUAUUACGGACUCUCGGUAUUACGGACAUAAAACCGCGGUCCUUCAGUUUCCUUGCGACGGUGUGUUUGUCGUUAUUUCCUUCAAAACAAUGUAUAAUACAACAAUUAUGUUAGGUUCGGUUUCUGAGACGUCCUUUGUAAUCAAGGUUUCGGUAAGUGUUAUCAGCCUCAGCCUUCGGCUUCGGCUGAUAACACUUACCUCGACCUUGAUUAUUCCGGAUAUCACAAAAACCUCAUCCAAUAAUUGUUUAUUAAAUCGUAAAAUCACUUGACUAAGAUUUAAGAUUGUUAGUGGUUCAUGGUUGAUGCAUUACUAUUCUGAAAUAUACUUUUCCAUGCUAUUUUCAUUUGAUAGCGAUAUUUUGAUAUUUUAAUUAACCACUUUUUCUAGUAAAUAACGGUAAGUGAUUAUUUCUCCAGCAGGGCCACAGCAACAAAAGUAUAAGGACCGUCGAACCGUAAGGCGACCAUCAACCUCUUCAUCCAGCAACGCUUCACUUGACUCGUCAUUCAACCGCACUCAAACAAACGAAGAAACCUUAGGCGCUCCUUUCAUCGAACGUAUGAAGAAACAUGUCCGAGAUGUCACUGAAAAACCUUACGAAGAUCUUAAAUCACCUUUUCAUAAUCCAGGCGAAGGACCCAGAAGAGAUCUAAAACUUGACGAAAUCUUCACCAAUUUGAUUGUUUAUGAAGGGAGAGCUAACUAUGACUUUUCAGGAGACAGAGUGGAACAGCUAAACGAGUACCACAAAGCCAAUGAAAGUUUACAACCAACACUGCCAGGAGAUAUUUUCGAUGCUGAAAAGCAGAAGAUUCUUGUUGUCGGUCGUCCAGGAAUUGGAAAAACCAUGUUUAGCACAAAGAUUCUUCGCAACUGGGCGUCCGAUAACCUUUUCAACGAAACCCAAAAAUCGCAAGUCGAUUUUAAAGUUGCCUUUCUCAUUAAGCUGAGAAUGUUUAACUCUAGAAACCAAGAACUAAAUCUUCGCGAGCUUCUGGAUCACUCAGAGUAUUCAACCGCUCUUUCCGAAGAGCUCUGGAACUACAUCCGCCACAACCCAGAGGGAGUGCUGUUGAUUUUUGAUGGAUUUGACGAAUAUUCUGGUAGGACUAAAAUAAAUAAAGAUGACAUUCCGUACAGAAACAGUGAAGAGGAAAGGAUGCCUGUUUAUUUCCUUAUGAAGAAAAUAGUACAGGGAAAAAUUCUUACCGGUGCGACAAUCCUAACGACUACAAGACCCAAUGCCGUGUCGUGUAUGAAAAGUCUUGACUUCCACAAAACAGUGGAAAUUCUGGGAUUCUCAACUGAGCAAGUAAAUAAUUAUGUAGAGAAGUUUACAAAGGAGGCGGACAAAGCGGAAACCAUAAAGCAACACAUCACCAGUAACUUAAACCUUGUAGCCUUCUGCUACGUUCCUGUUAAUUGCUUUAUCAUUUGUAGUUGCUUGUUAGAGUUGCUUGGUAACACUGGCUUUACCAGCCUCCCGACGAGACUGACAGAAAUAUACUCAAUUGCAGUAAGGAUGUUUUACUUUAGCUACGAUGAUGAUCAAUAUCGCCACUAUAAAACUGAAGGUCAACAGUAUUUUCUUAAGCCGUUUAAGGAACUGCCUUCCUCUGUGCAAAAUGUGUUCACACGACUGGGAAAAAUUGCUUUUGAUGGAAUUAAAAACGGAAGACUAAUUUUUGAAUCACACGAAGUUAACGACCUAAAGGGUAAUGGCCUGUUUCACCGUUUACCUGAUUUUAGAGACCGUCCUUUAGCAGAGAGAAGAGCGCAAUAUUGCUUUUUACACCUGACCUUACAGGAGUUCUUAGCGGCGAAGUAUUUGGUGGACACGUUGAGUUCCGAACAACUGCAGAAGUUUGUUUCCGAUCACAUCCAAGAUGGCGCGUGGAAGGUUGUGAUGCAGUUUGUGGCUGGACUGCUGGCUGAAAAAGAAGGACAGUCAACAGAUAUUUUCAGCGACCUUCUUCCCUCAGAAACUUUUCCUUAUCCAGUUGCCAUCAAGAUAAAUGAAGAUUCAGAGGAACGAAUUGAAACACGGACCUGUUGGCCAGAUCCUGAACACAGGUUAUUAGUGGUGACGCUAUUCAAUUGCAUGUAUGAGAACAAAGCCUCUGAUCGAGAAGUUCAAAAGAAACUGGCGAAAAUUGGUUGUAAUGCGCUUUAUUUUAUUCACUGUAACCUGUCACCUCUCGACUGUUUAGCAUUAGUGCAUGCACUUAAAUCUGUUGAAGGAAUUUUGGAUUUUUAUGUAGCCGGCAACAACCUUCAGUCGCUAGGAUGUAUUGAGAUUGCGAAGUUGUUACCUGGCAACCAACACAAUCAGGGUUUUUGCGAACUAAAAAGAUUAAACCUCGAGUAUAACAACAUAACUGAUGAAGGAGUAAAACAUUUAGCUACAGCACUCACACACACUAACUGCACACUAAACAGCUUAGACCUCGGGGUUAACAACAUAACUGAUGAAGGAGUAAAACAUUUAGCUACAGCACUCACACACACUAACUGCACACUAAACAGCUUAAACCUCGGGAAUAACGACAUAACUGAUGAAGGAGUAAAACAUUUAGCUACAGCACUCACACACACUAACUGCACACUAAACAGGUUACACAUCGGGGGUAAAAACAUAACUGAUAAAGGUAAAAAUCUCCUAAACUCAAUGAACAUAAACUGUAAAGUAUUUAUCUUUUAAAUCCUUGUCUGCAAUGUAAAUGUUUCUCUGUUGAAGGAAUUUUGUAUUUUGAUAUAAGCUUCAACAACCUUCAGUCGCUAGGAUGUAUUGAGAUUGCGAAGUUGUUACCUGGCAACCAACACAAUCAGGGUUUUUGCGGACUAAAAACAUUAA